UUAACACUAAGCCAUUUAGUAUUAAGAUUAAAAAAUUAAUAGGCCCUACCAGGCAAUUACAGUUGUUCGCUAUUGUUGCUGCCAUUCUGAAGUGUUCUUAACUGAUAUUCAACAUGCUGAACAAUAUUAUCAAUUUUGCCAAUUACUGGUGGUUUCGCUACCUAAUGGUGACCGAACUCUAUGUAGUUGAAAAAUGGGAGCGUGUAGCGAUACACGUCAUCUUUAUGGUCCUAUUCUGCGUGUUCUGGUAUUUCAAUUAUUCCGUACUGCUGUCGGUGACCGGAAAUCUAUUUGGCUAUACGCCGAUGGGAAAUAUUUUGCCCGGCGUGCAACAGGCAUCUGGCAUCAAGGUCACAUAAUGACCACGGAACGACCUCAUCACUAGCUUAUUUUCCAUUGUUUUUUUUGCAAAUAUUAAUUAGUUUUCAGAUAAUUCCGCUUUAGAUUUACAAUGUUUAAAUUCAGAAACUCACGAUUGUUAUUAUCUCUCACAUUAGUUUAUCUGUCUGUAAAUGUGACUGGGAUUUCCCUUUGAUAGACCCACUUGGGAGGUUUUUCAUCCUGUUUCUGAAACUCUCAUUUCAAAUUAAUUAGGCUAAUAUAGAUUUAAGAUCUAGUUUUGCACGUUCAAAUAAAGCUAUCAAGUGUUUAACAUUAUAA